AUGAAGGGAGAUACCGCCGAGGAGCUGAGCCGCAUCCACAACGCUGUCACCGCCGCAGUCAACGCACAGGAGAGCAUCGGACGUCCUAUCAACUCGCAUGGGAUGGACCUGUUCAACCACCUGGUCGUCGAACUGUUCGACGCACGCACUCGUCUCGAAUGGGAGUCAACCACUUCAGACUCCACCGAACCACCACAGAACGAGGCACUUCUCGACUUUAUUAGUCGACGAGUAUUGACGCUCAACGCCGCACGACCGAGGAGUGUCACAAAGGGACCUGGAGAAACAUCACGAUUCGCCAAAGCGCACGUCACGAAGCACCAAGGCGCGGAUUCACCUCACUGUGCACUGUGCCGUGAAAACCAUACCUUGAUGACGUGCAAAAGCUUCAAGGCCAAGACUGCGGUUGAGCGGAAAACGUUCGUGGAGACCAACCGACUGUGCUUCAACUGCUUAGGCAAUCAUUUCUUAGCACGGUGUCAGUCAAAAAAGAAUUGCCUCACCUGCAACGCACGACACCACACCAUGCUGCACGGGGCAUCCACAUCAACACCAUCCGCUGAGGCCACUUCACUUGCCACCACACUGGUCACUGCACGGCAAGCUAAGACGCACAAGGCCGUCCUUCUCGCAACCGCUCGCGUCAAGGUCGCUGAUCGAUACGGAUCACCACACGAGGUUAGAGUCUUGAUAGAUCAGUGCUCCGAGGUGUCCAUCAUCUCUGAGGCUCUGGCUCAGCGUCUUCGGCUGCCUCGAGCUUCAACGGAUCUGUCCAUCUUCGGCAUCGGAGGGACUCGCUCUGGAUCAGCGCGUGGCAAGGUCACGAUAGACAUCACAUCUGACGUGACCAAUGCCGAGCUUCGCGUGGUGGCCUUUGUGCUGCCGCGCAUCUCAUUGCAACAAGGCACCGCUCAACGUGAAGAUCGUAGCUGGCCUCACAUCCACGGACUUCGAUUGGCCGACCCGCGCUUCCUGGAUGACGAUCCUGCGGAGUUACUUCUGGGAGCAGAAGUCUACUCGCUGAUCCUCGAGGAAGGCCUUCGCUACGACGCCGCAGCACCCGAAGGCCAUCGCCGCACGUUCCAGUGCACCACAGACCACGACCUCGCUAACAUGGUUCGACGCUUCUGGGAGCAGGAACGCGAGCCAGUAGCUGGGACACCGCUCACCGCCGACGAAGCCAGGUGCGAAGACUUCUACGUGCGCACGGUCACUCGCACGUCCAGUGGCAGGUACAUGGUGAGGCUGCCAUGUACUUCACCGCCGCCGACAUCGCUCAGCGAGACUCGUCGACCCGCAGAGCGCCUCCUGGAAGCCAUGGAGCGGAAGGGAGCACGAGAUCCUCGCUUCGGUGACCUCUAUCGAGAUUUCAUGGAGGAAUACGAGAACCUGCAACAUAUGGAGCGCACACGGUCCGGAGAGUCGCUGAACGCACACCUCCUCACUGGAGCCAAUCUCUUGCCAACACUCGCUGAUGUCCUACUUCGGUGGCGUUGGCAUCGGUACGUUCUCGUCACGGAUAUCGAGAAGAUGUACCGACAAAUUCUUGUACAUCCGGAGGAUCGUCGCCUGCAAACCAUCUUGUGGCGCCACACCAGCUCUGAUGACGUCCACGAGUACGAGCUGAGGACCGUGACCUACGGGCUAGCGUGUGCACCCUUUCUCGCCAUCAGGACUCUUCAUCAACUCGCAGCAGACGAAGAGGCACGAUAUCCACGCGGAGUCAAGGCACUGCGACACGACUGCUACGUCGACGACGUGGUCACCGGCGCUGAUAGCUUGGAGGACGCUAUCGACCUUCAGCAGGAACUACGGAGUCUUUGCAUGGUGCUCACCGGAGUUCCACCGGAACAUCGGCAUCAACGCAAACCGCACUCAUGGGAGGGAGAGAGUCACGCUACCUUGGGCCUCCGAUGGCAUCCGCAAGGUGACUGGUUCUCCUUCACCAUACGUCCGCGUGCAAUCACCGACUUCACGAAGCGACGAGUUUUGGCCGAGACGGCUCGACUCUUUGACCCGAUGGGGUGGCUCGCACCUGUCGUCAUCAGAGCCAAAAUUCUGAUUCAGACGACGUGGCUUCAACGGCUGGACUGGGACUCCCCGCUGCCUGAUCAGGACGCACACCGCUGGAGGCAGUUGUUGAAUCAGCUUCCUCUUCUAGAUGACAUCCGCAUAACUCGCUGGCUCAACACUGGGACCGACCAUUCACAACUGCAGCUCCAUGGGUUUGCCGACGCAUCAGAGCGAGGGUACGCCGCCGUGGUGUACAUCCGCAACGCUGCAACAGAGAAAACAUCAAUCAACCUGUUGAUGGCAAAAUCCAAGGUCGCACCUGUCAAGCAGGUGUCGUUACCUCGCUUGGAACUCUGUGCAGCAGCUCUACUUACCACGCUCAUGCUCCACGUGCGCUCUACUCUCGGUUUGACAACGACGCCAGUGCAUCUGUGGUCAGAUUCAAAGGUCACGCUCCACUGGAUUCAAGGACACAGCACCCGCUGGAAAACCUUUGUCGCCAAUCGAGUGUCUCAGAUCCAGACCCUGCUGCCAGACGCUCAAUGGAGACACAUCGCUGGACGAGAGAAUCCUGCAGAUUGUGCAUCACGCGGUGUUACUCCUGACGAACUCAUUAAGCAUAAACUGUGGUGGACAGGACCUACCUGGCUGUCAGGAGACGAGACUGCAUGGCCUUGUUCCGUCAUCGAAGCCGCAGAGGAUGACCUCCCGGAGCAGCGAGCCACCAGUUUGGUGGUCAAGGCACCGAUCACGGCCGAACCUGACCUCCUCCUCCGGUUCCCGACGCUACAAAGGCUGCUGCGAGUUACUGCAUGGUGUCGGCGAUGGCUCAAUCCGGCGAGACGCGACGUCAUACUUGGCCGCACUUUGCAUCCGGACGAGCUGGACGUCGCCUUAUUUCGAUGGCUGCGAGUGGUGCAGGCGCUCCACUUUCCUACGGACGUAGCUGCGGCCUCUGCUGGACGCACUAGUCCACCGCGAAGCCACCUAGCGAGGUUGAGUCCGGUCCUCGAUGAUCAAGGCGUGCUGCGCGUCGGAGGACGUCUCAAGCAUGCUCAGCUACCACUCGACGAAAGACAUCCAAUGAUCAUCCCGGCGGCAUCAUGGUUGACUCGGCUGGUGAUUGAUUCCUGCCACCGACGGACACUGCACGGAGGUGUGCAACUGACUCUCGGCUUGCUCCGCCUGCGUUUCUGGGUGCCCCGAGGAAGGACCACCGUCAAACAGCAGCUACACCGAUGCGUGACCUGCACUCGAUGGCGCGCCGCAACACCACAGCCUCCGAUGGGUAACCUUCCUCGGGACCGAGUAACGCCAACUCGACCGUUCCUCAGCACCGGUUUGGACUACGCGGGACCAAUCCUCCUCCGGACCAGCAAGGGGCGUGGACACCGUGCGCACAAGGGAUACAUCGCCGUCUUCGUCUGCUUCUGGUCGAAGGCCAUUCACUUAGAAGUUGUCUCGGACUACACCUCGGAGGCCUUCAUCGCCGCGCUGCGCCGCUUCAUCUCCCGCCGGGCGGCCCCGCACUUUGGUGGUUUGUGGGAGGCCGCCGUAAAGUCGACCAAGUUUCACCUCCGUCGGGUGAUCGGCGAGACCACCCUCACGUUCGAGGAGUUGAGCACACUCCUCGCCCAGAUCGAAGCUUGUCUGAAUUCACGUCCGUUACAGGCACUCUCAGAUGAUCCAGAGGACGUCUCGGCGCUGACCCCCGGUCACUUCCUCGUUGGGGCACCGCUCCUCGCCUUGCCGGAACCGUCAUUGACAGAGCAGACGGUGUCCACCUUGUCACGUUGGCGUCAUCUGCAGCGGAUGAGGGAUCACUUCUGGCAGCGAUGGUCAUCCGAAUACGUGCACGGACUCGCCCCACGCACCAAGUGGCUCAAGGAUGCACCUGCACCCCACGUCGGCGAUCUCUGUCUCGUGCGCUCCGAGAUCACCCCUCCGAGCCGAUGGCCUCUCGCUCGCAUAUUGCGUUUGCACCCCGGAGACGACGGAAUUACACGCGUCGUGACCAUCCGAACGGCCACGUCCGAGCUCGUGCGCCCACUCGUCAAGCUCGUGUUUCUUCCGGGCGUGAACGACGCGCCUACACCGCACAUUGACACAUAG